AUGGAAUCUUUGGCAACAACCAUUCGUUUCGUCACGCUGAACUGCCGAACACUAUCGAGUGAACUCCAACAAGCCGCUCUAUUCAGACUUCUGCGAUAUCUCUGUUACGGCGAUGCUGAUGAGAACAAAGUCGGUGGCUGCGCGAUAGCUGUGAGGAACGAUUGCAAGAACCUGGUGGAGGAAUUUGGCUCGACGUCGUCUAGAUGCGCCUUUGCACGACUGCGGGAUCGCAGAGGACGUAAACUCUGGAUCGUAAGUGCUCACGCACCUACGGAAACCGCUGAGGACAACAAUAAGGACGCCUUCUAUGAUGAACUCAAUGCGUUGAUGUCUAAAAUACCAAGCCAGCAGGUAGUCAUUGUCGGAAUCGACGAAAAUGCGAAGAUGGGACUCGAACAGCAACCCGAUAUGCUAGGAAAAUGGUAUUAUCCAGCGGAGAGUACGUCGGACAACGAGGAAUCAUCGACGCCAUCAGCUCACGUGGCAGGGGUCAACCCUUUAACGCCUGAGGAGCAGCGCAGGUGGAAGAUGAGGACUCUUAAGCUUCAGCUUGACUACGUUCUGGUGAGGAACAUUCCUCAGUCAGAUAUCCGAAAGUCUAGAGCUGUUUGGAACGUCGCGUUCGACCCUGACCACCGUCCAGUUCUCCUCAGCUUCAAGAUACGGCUUCACAAGAGAAACCGAGGAGUUCCUCUUCAACCGAAAAUCGACAUGGCGGAAACAAAAUCCACGUACAAUUCUGUAUGUGUCGCGCGCAGCGCUGAUGACUUCAGCCAGGAAAAGCGUCUUAGAAGGAAGCUGCGUCGUCAACUGCAACAAGACCGUGAUAACGAGUGGACGUCAAGAUCGAUGGAGUUUGAGAAAGCGUGGGAGGAUAGGAACCCGCGGAAAGCCUAUGCUUUACUGAAACAGUAUAGCGGCAAAAUGAAAAGAUGUUCUCCUGUCCUCAACAAUGCCAAUGGAGUACCUGUCGGUGAAGCAAUCCUUCCAAUUUGGAGAGAACACUUCAAGACCUUGCUGAACCGACUAGCACCGUCAACUCCUGAACUCGAACACGUUCAUAGACCGACGUAUGCGGUUAACGAAGAGCCACCGACCGAGUCGGAGGUUCUAGUCUGUAUUCAGAAAAUGAAGAAUGGAAAAUCUGGUGGAGACGACGGGAUUAGCGCAGAAAUGCUAAAAUAUCUUCCUCCGUCUGGGAUUCGUGAGAUGACAAAGAUCAUCCGUUCAAUAUGGAUAGACGAAAGGACACCUGAUUCGUGGAGGCACGCUAUCAUAAUUUCCCUCCACAAGAAGUUAUCCGUCACGGACCCCAGGAAUUAUCGAGGAAUCUCUUUGCUGCGUGUUAUGUACAAGGUAUUGGAGCGCAUUAUCCUGGACCGACUCAUUAAAAAUCGCGAAGAAACAACGCGCGACGAGCAAGCUGGCUUUCGUCCUGGCCCAUCUACGAUUGAACAGGUGUUCAUCGUCAAGAGAGUGAUCGAAAUCUGUGUACCUCCCCGUCUACUCCAAUGUAGGCUACCUUAUUCAUGCCUGCUAGAAAGCUCAACAGAUGGUAGCUAA